AUGAAGAAGGGCGCACCUUUUCCUUUCGGGACUAUGUAAUACUGUAAGUGUGGCACUUCUUUUUUAAGGGCUCAGAAGCUCAUGUAUAAUUCGAACACAACUAUUUUAGACACCCUGAUUUUUAAUUGGAUGACAGUUUUCCUCUUUUGAUGAGUUUAAAGAGAGCAAUUGAAAAUUGAUUAGUGUCGUCAGGUAAAUAAAUACUGGGCAAAAAAAUUAGGAAAUAAUACAGGAAUGAUUAAAAGUGUGCCAAAUUUCACUGGGUGUUAAAACAACUCAGAUCUUCACCGCUCCCCACCAGUCUUCCUUAAAAAAUCAAUGAAUGACUAUUUGAUAUUAAUGAUGAAAUUAUUUGCUUAGUAUCUGUCUUAACAGGGUGUAUUUUCAGCGGAAGACAGUUUUCCAGAGGUCACCGACUGAUUCUUCUCAAGUGACGCCUUAAACAAGAAAGACGAUGACAGGUAAAAAAAACAACUCAGAUCUACUUGAUGUAUAGAUUAAAGACUGCUCUAAAAUCAAGAAAGACGAUGGAAAGUACUGUGUAAGAAAGAUCUGAGACAUAAAAAGAAGAAAAGAAAAAUCCACUAGACUUACAUGGAAAUAUAAAGACAGGAUAGACCCGUUGAAAAACACAUAUUUCCCUGCACCCAACAGCUAAAUUCCUGAAUUCUCAAACCUUAUUUUAAAUGCUUUUUUUGGAUUAUUUUUAACAAACGUUUUUGAUUAAGGAAAUCCAGCUUGUUAUGGUCUGUCAGCCUGACGCUUUGUUUUUUCUAUGCUUUAGUUUCAACUAAUUGGAAUAAUGAAGAAGGCCGCACCUUUUCCUUCCUGGACCAUCUAAUACGGUAAGUGUGGCACUCUUUUUUUUAGGGGCUCAAAAGCCUACGUUUAAUUCUAACACAACUAUUUUAGAGACCCUGAUUUUUAAUUGGUUGACAGUUUUCCUUUUUUGAUGAGUUUAAAGAGAGCAAUUAAAGAUUGAUUAGUGUCGUCAGGUAAAUAAAUACUUGGCAAAAAAAUUAGUAAAUAAUACAGCAAUAAUUGAAAGUGUUCCAAAUUUCACUGGGUGUUGAAAGAACUCAGAUCUUUGCCAUUCCCCAGAAGUCUUCCUUAGGAAAUCAAUGAAUGACUAUUUCAUAUUAAUGAUGAAAUGAUUUGCUUAGUAUCUGUCUUAACAGGGUGUAUUUUCAGCGGAAGACAGUUUUCCAGAGGUCAUCGACUAAUUCUUUUAAAGCGACGCCAUAAACAGGAAAGAGGAUCCCAGGUAAAAAAACACCUCAGAACGACUUUGAUGUAUAGAUUAAAGACUGCUCUAAAGUGAAGAAAGACGAUCGUAGGUACUGUGUAAGAAAGAUCUGUGACAUAAAAACAAGAAAAGAAAAAUACACCAGACUUACAUGGAAAUAUAAAGACAGGAUAGACCCGUUGAAAAACACAUAUUUCCCUGCACCCAACACCUAAAAUUCCUGAAUUCUCAAACCUUAUUUUAAAUGCUUUUUUUUGGAUUAUUUCUAACAAACGUUUUUGAUUAAGGAAAUCCAGCUUGUUUUGGUCUGUCAGCCUUAUGUUUUGUGUUUUGUAUGCUUUAGUUUCAGCUAAUUGGAAUAAUGAAGAAGGGCGCACCUUUUCCUUCCUGCACUAUCUAAUACUGUAAGUGUGGCCCUUUUUUUUUUAGAGGCUCUAAAGCCUACGUAUAAUUAUUCUAACACAACUAUUUUAGAGAACCUGAUUUUUAAUUGGUUGACAGUUUUCCUCUUUUGAUGAGUUUAAAGAGAGCAAUUGAACAUGGAUUAGUGUCGUCACGGAAAUAAAUACUUGGGGAAAAAAUUAGCAAAUAAUACAGCAAUGAUUGAAAGUGUGCCAAAUUUCACUGGGUGUUGAAAGAACUCAGAUCCUCACCGCUCCCCACCAGUCUUCUUUAAGAAAUCAAUGAAUGACUAUUUGAUAUUAAUGAUGAAAUUAUUUGCUUAGUAUCUGUCUUAACAGGGUGUAUUUUCAGCGGAAGACAGUUUUCCAGAGGUCACCGACUGAUUCUUCUCAAGUGACGCCUUAAACAAGAAAGACAAUGACAGGUAAAAAAAACACCUCAGAUCUACUUGAUGUAUAGAUUAAAGACUGCUCUAAAGUCAAGAAAGACGAUGGAAGGUACUGUGUAAGAAAGAUCUGAGACAUAAAAAGAAGAAAAGAAAAAUCCACUAGACUUACAUGGAAAUAUAAAGACAGGAUAGACCCGUUGAAAAACACAUAUUUCCCUGCACCCAACAGCUAAAUUCCUGAAUUCUCAAACCUUAUUUUAAAUGCUUUUUUUGGAUUAUUUUUAACAAACGUUUUUGAUUAAGGAAAUCCAGCUUUUUAUAGUCUGUCAGCCUGAUGCUUUGUUUUUUCUAUGCUUUAGUUUCAGCUAAUUGGAAUAAUGAAGAAGGCCGCACCUUUUCCUUCCUGGACUAUCUAAUACUGUAAGUGUGGCACUUUUUUUUUAGGGGCUCUAAAGCCUACGUAUAAUUCUAACACAACUAUUUUAGAGAACCUGAUUUUUAAUUGGUUGACAGUUUUCCUCUUUUGAUGAGUUUAAAGAGAGCAAUUGAACAUGGAUUAGUGUCGUCAGGGAAAUAAAUACUUGGCAAAAAAAUUAGCAAAUAAUACAGCAAUGAUUGAAAGUGUGCCAAAUUUCACUGGGUGUUUAAAGAACUCAGAUCUUCACUGCUCCCCACCAGUCUUCCUUAAGAAAUCAAUGAAUGACUAUUUGAUAUUAAUGAUGAAAUUAUUUGCUUAGUAUCUGUCUUAACAGGGUGUAUUUUCAGCGGAAGACAGUUUUCCAGAGGUCACCGACUGAUUCUUCUCAAGUGACGCCUUAAACAAGAAAGACGAUCACAGGUAAAAAAACACCUCAGAACUUCUUUGAUGUAUAGAUUAAAGACUGCUCUAAAGUCAAAAAAGACGAUCGAAGGUACUGUGUAAGAAAGAUCUGAGACAUAAAAAGAAGAAAAGAAAAAUCCACCAGACUUACAUGGAAAUAUAAAGAAUGGAUAGACCCGUUGAAAAACACAUAUUUCCCUGCACCCAACAGCUAAAAUUCCUGAAUUCUCAAACCGUAUUUUAAAUGCUUUUUUUGGAUUAUUUUUAGCAAACGUCUUUGAUUAAGGAAAUCCAGCUUCUUUUUGGUCUGUCAGACUUAUGUUUUGUUUUUUGUAUGCUUAAGUUUCAGCUAAUUGGAAUAAUGAAGAAGGGCGCACCUUUUCCUUUCUGGACUAUGUAAUACUGUAAGUGUGGCACUUCUUUUUUAAGGGCUCAGAAGCUCAUGUAUAAUUCGAACACAACUAUUUUAGACACCCUGAUUUUUAAUUGGAUGACAGUUUUCCUCUUUUGAUGAGUUUAAAGAGGGCAAUUGAAGAUUGAUUAGUGUCGUCAGGUAAAUAAAUACUUGGCAAAAAAAUUAGCAAAUAAUACAGCAAUGAUUAAAAGUGUGCCAAAUUUCACUGGAUGUUAAAACAACUCAGAUCUUCACCGCUCCCCACCAGUCUUCCUUAAGAAAUCAACGAAUGAUUGACUAUUUGAUAUUAAUGAUGAAAUUGUUUGCUUAGUAUCUGUCUUGACAGGCUGUAGUUUCAGUGGAACACAGUUUUCCAGGGGUCACCGACUGAUUCUUUUCAAGCGAUGCCUUAAAAAAGAAAUAGGAUCACAGGUAUGCAAAAAAGACCUAGGAACAAGUUUUUUGUGUAGAUUAAAGACUGCUCUAAAGUCAAGAAAGACGAUCAAAGGUACUGUGUAAGAAAGAUCUGAAACAUAAAAAGAAGAAAAGAAAAAUCCACCAGACUUACAUGGAAACAUAAAAACAGGAUAGACCCGUUGAAAAGCACAUAUUUCCCUGCACCCAACAGCUAAAUUCCCGAAUUCUCAAACCUUAUUUUAAAUCCUUUUUUGGGAUUAUUUUUAACAAACGGCUUUGAUUAAGGAAAUGCAGCUUGUUAUGGUCUGUGAGCCUUACGCUUUUUUUUUCUAUCCUUUAGUUUCAGCUAAUUGGAAUAUUGAAGAAGGCCACACCUUUUGCUUCCUGGACUAUCUAAUACUGUAAGUGUGGCACUUUUUUUUGUAGGGGCUGAGAAGCCUACGUAUAAUUCUAACACAACUAUUUUAAAGACCCUGAUUUUUAGUUAGAUGACAGUUUUCCUUUUUUGAUGAGUUUAAAGAGAGGAAUUAAAGAUUGAUUAGUGUCCUCACGUAAAUAAAUACUUGGCAAAAAAAUUAGUAAAUAAUACAGCAAUCAUUGAAAGUGUUCCAAAUUUCACUGGGUGGUGAAACAACUCAGAUCUUUGCCAUUCCCCACAAGUCUUCCUUAGGAAAUCAAUGAAUGACUAUUUGAUAUUAAUGAUGAAAUGAUUUGCUUAGUAUCUGUCUUAACAGGGUGUAUUUUCAGCGCAAGACAGUUUUGCAGAGGCCUCCGACUGAUUCUUUUCAAGCGACGCCGUAAACAGGAAAGAGGAUCACAGGAAAAAAACACCUCAAUACGACUUUGAUGUAUAGAUUAAAGACUGCUCUAAAGUGAAGAGAGACGAUCGUAGGUACUGUGUAAGAAAGAUCUGAGACAUAAAAAGAAGAAAAGAAAAAUCCACCAGACUUGCAUGGAAAUAUAAAGACAGGAUAGACCCGUUGAAAAAUACAGAUUUCCCUGCACCCAACAGCUAAAAUUCCUGAAUUCUCAAACCUUAUUUUAAAUGCUUUUUUUGGAUUACUUUUAACAAACGUUUUUGAUUAAGGAAAUCCAGCUUGUUUUGGUCUGUCAGUUUUAUGUUUUGUGUUUUGUAUGCUUUAGUUUCAGCUAAUUGGAAUAAUGAAGAAGGGCGCACUUUUUCCUUCCUGGACUAUCUAAUACUGUAA